ACAGACAGCGAGAACACGCUCGAAAUUUAGUCAUUGCGAAUUUAAAAACACAACAAUGUUAUUAUUUUGUAAUUAGUGCAAUCGUUAUUUAGGACGCAACAACGAUACGGUUAUACAUUUUUAGUGUAAUUCAAAGCCUGUAACUGAAAAAAAAAGAAACAUAAAUUGGCAAACCUAACAGAAACACAAGCAGCAGCAUAAGCAUAUUGCAAACAUUAAAACGCCGCGAGUGUGUUUGUAUUUGUGUUUGUGCAAGUGCAUACAUGUGGCUAUGCGUACGUGUGUGCGCCUGUGUUUGAAAUCAACAAAAAGUCGUAUACAGCAGAAAAGGCGGCAAAAGAAACACAACGGCGACUGCACAUGAUAUGCAAAGCGAGGCGGCAAAAAAAAAAUGCAACUGCAAACAUAAUUAUUUUGUGCAAUGCAUUUAACGUGAACGUCGUGAACGUCUUAUUGCUCCAAAAGAAAACAAAAAAAAAAAAAAGCACCGACAUUUCGAACGAGCACAAGACUUUUUUGCAGCACUUCGCUUAGUGCGUCAAUGCAGACAGGAAUAAAGAAAGAAACGGCGAAAAUAAACUGCAGUGAGGCAACAAUAACAACAAGCACAACAGCAGAAACGCCGAAUGGAAUACAGGUAAAAACAUUUUGUCUCUCAGAGAGUGAUAACCAGGCCUGAUCUAGUGAGAGCAACAAAGAGAGAGUGAGUCCACAUGCACCAGGAGGAGGGCUGCUAUUUGUCUGUCCCGUCGCAUUUAACAGCUGUAGCAUUUUGUGCGCGCGACGCAAUUCAUAAUUGGCAACUGAAAUUGGCAGCACCCGUAAAGUAUGAAACAAAACUAAUAGACGACAGGAACAACAAUCGAGCGGAAGUAACAAAUGGAAACAAAGCAACAACAACAACAAUAAUAAUAAUAAUAAGGACCAUAUUGGCAUUAAAUUUUUGACUGCAUUAAAAGCGAAUGCAAAAAAAACGAAGGAAAAUACAAAAACAAAUCAGAACAUCAAAUAACGGAGACGAGCAAAAAAUACAACUUAAAACGGUGUGUCCAGUGGCAGCCAGAGAGGGAGACACUGUGGACAACUGAAUAGUAGUGAAUCGAGUAGCAGUAGCAGCAGCGACAGCAGAAGGAGAGGAGGAGACAUUCAAGACACCCAUUCCCACACACAGAACGAUGGCGGCUUCGCCGACUCCGUCGCUGGACUCCAUGCGCGGAGCGAACUCGAUUGAAUCAUAUGAGCACGCCGGCUACCUGUCGGACUCGCCGCUGACACUGAGCGGGUCGUCGCCGCCCGUGAGCGAUUCGGCGAUCUGCAGCGAUGAGUAUAUAGCUGGAAGUCAGGUCAGCGUGAAGGUGCGCCAGGAUGUGACUGUCAUCAAUGGGCAUCAUCCGAUAUCGGCAUCGGUGUCGUCUAGCUCGUCGGCCAGCUCCUCAUCCUGCUCCUCCUCGUCGUCGUCGUCCUCGUCGUCGUCCAGCUCAUCGACCAGCGGCCUCAGCGGCUGCGGCAGCACCAGCAGCAGCGUCCUCAGCGGCUCCAAUGUCAACAGCAACAGCAACAGCAACAGCAAUAGCAAUAGCAACAGCAAUGGCCACGGUCCCGGCGUCAUUGGCAGCAAUUUGCCCAGCAGCAAUAGCAACAGCAACAACAACAGCAUCAGCAGCUUGGUCGUUGGCGCUGGCAAAGGCAGCAACAGCAACAGUGGCAGCAAUGGCAGCAACAGCAGCAACAGUGGCAACAGCAACAACAGCCUCGCCCCCGCGCGCUGCACCGCCUGCAAGAGCAAGUGCAGCGAUGCUGUGGCCAAAUGCUUCGACUGCCAGAGCUAUCUGUGCGCCAACUGCGUGACCGCGCACGAGUUUAUGCACUGCUUCAACGGCCACAACGUCUGCCUGAUCAAGGGCUUCGAGGCGACGAGCAACGGCAGCAGCAACGGCAGCAACAAUCCAGCCUCCAGCGACUUCAAGUACGCCAGUUCACUGACAAUGAUGCUGCAGCAGCAGCAGCAACAGCAACAACAGCAGCAGCAGCAGCAGGUACAGCUGACAGAUGCGCAGCCCAUGUCGCAGCUGUCGAAGAUUGUGCUCGCAGCAGCCGCAGCAGCCAACAACUCACAGGAGCAGCAGCAGCAGCAGCAGCAGCAGCAGCAUGAGACACUCUACUCCACACACUUGCAACAGCAGCAGCUACAGAUCUUCUGCCUGCGUCACAAGCACGAGCUGCUGAAGUUCAGCUGCCGCACCUGCUGCACGCUGGUGUGCAAGGAGUGCAUCGUCCUGGAGCACUCGACGGGCCUGCAUGAGCUCGAGAAUGUGCAAUCGCCCGCUGUGGCCGCAACGAGCAACGGCAAUGGAAACGCCAACUGCAACAGCACCAACAGCAGCAGCAGCACCUCGAGCAGCGGCGGCUACAAUGAAACGGCGCUGCAGACGCUGCUAGCCGAUAUGCGCGGCAAGAUUGGCGAGAUCGUGUCGGUGGCCAGCAGCGCCGAGCAGAGCGUGACCAAGGUCAAGCAGCAGUACCAGAAGGCGCACAACGAACUGAACGAGACGCAUCAGUUCUUUGCCUCGAUGCUGGAUGAGCGCAAGAGCGAGCUGCUCAAGGAGCUGGAGACGCUCUACACGGCCCGCAUGAACACCAAUGCGGUCUGGCUGCAGCGCGCCAAGGAGAUCAUUGACAAGGGUUUGGCUACCUGCGAUGCGGUCGAGCGCUCGCCCGCCAACUGCGUCCAGUCGCCGUUGCUGGCCGAGGCGCUGCUGCUGCGCAAGCAGCUGGAGCAGCAGCUCCAGGCGGGCGUCCAGGACAUGCAGCUGCCCUUCGAGCUGGAGUUCAUGUCCAACUACCAGUCGAUACAGGCGGGCGUGCGCAACACCUUUGGCUAUAUACGGGCCAGCAAUGGCGGUGGGCCUGGCAGUGGCAGCUGCUCCGAGUCGAGCCUCAGUCUGGGUCACAGUCAUAGUCACCUGGGUCACAGCCAGAGUCACAGUCACAGUCACGCUCACAGUCACGGCCAGAGUCACGGCAAGCAGCCGCCGAUUGCACGGCCCACGCAGAGCGCGAGCAACAGCAGCGCCAGCAGCGCGGGCAGCCAUCAUCACCACCAACAGCAGCAGCAACAGCAGCAGCAGCAACAUCUGCAGCUGCAGCAGCAACAGUUGCUGCCAGGCCUGGGCCUGGGUAGUCUGCUCGACAACAGCAGCAACGGCAGCAGCAGCAACGGCGGCAGCGUCUAUGCGCAUGGCCUCCUGCUGGGCGGACGCGAACGCAAUCUGAGCGAUCUGCAGCACUUUGGCGAGCUGCUGCCCAAGCGCGCUAGCAGCAUGGCGCACUACAAUCCCUACGAGAAGUGGAGCAAUGGCGGCAGCGACAAUCUCUUCAGCACAUCAGCAGUCGCCACGCUUGGCGGCGUCGGCAGCGCCGGCAGCGGCAGCAGCUCGGCUGUGGUGGACGCCUUUGCCAGUCUGUCGUCGGUGAAUCUGAAUGGCAAUGGCAAUGGCAGCGCGGUGAGCAGCGAAUCUCUGCUGGAUCUGACCAGCAAGCUGUUGUCCGCCUCCAUUUAUCCGCCCAAGUCGCAGAUCAAGCGCCAGAAAAUGAUCUAUCACUGCAAGUUCGGGGAGUUCGGCGUGAUGGAGGGCCAGUUCACGGAGCCGAGCGGCGUGGCGGUGAAUGCCCAGAACGAUAUCAUCGUGGCAGACACGAACAAUCAUCGCAUCCAGAUCUUUGACAAGGAGGGACGCUUCAAGUUCCAGUUUGGCGAGUGCGGCAAGCGCGACUCGCAGCUGCUCUACCCGAACCGUGUGGCCGUCGUGCGCAACUCGGGCGACAUUAUUGUGACCGAGCGUUCGCCGACGCACCAGAUCCAGAUCUACAACCAGUAUGGACAGUUUGUGCGUAAAUUUGGGGCCACGAUCCUGCAGCAUCCGCGCGGCGUCACCGUCGACAACAAGGGACGCAUCAUUGUGGUCGAGUGCAAGGUGAUGCGCGUCAUUAUCUUUGAUCAGAACGGGAAUGUGCUGCACAAGUUCGGGUGCUCCAAGCAUCUGGAGUUCCCCAACGGCGUGGUGGUCAACGACAAGCAGGAGAUCUUCAUUAGCGACAAUCGGGCGCACUGCGUCAAGGUGUUCAACUAUGAGGGCCAAUAUCUGCGCCAGAUUGGCGGUGAGGGCAUCACCAACUAUCCCAUCGGCGUCGGCAUCAAUUCCAAUGGCGAAAUUCUCAUUGCGGACAAUCACAACAAUUUCAAUUUGACGAUCUUCACACAGGACGGGCAGCUGAUCUCGGCGCUGGAGUCGAAGGUGAAGCAUGCCCAGUGCUUCGAUGUGGCGCUCAUGGACGAUGGCAGCGUUGUCCUGGCCAGCAAGGACUAUCGCCUCUAUAUCUAUCGCUACGUACAGCUGGCGCCUGUGGUUACGCGUAAAAAGCUAAACAACCUGGCAGACCGAUUGCAGCCAGAACAUACGAAUUUUCUUUUUAAUUUUCCAGAGAACUAAAUUAAAAAAAAAAAAAAAAAAAAAAAAAAAAA